AUGGUGGAGCAAAGUAGGAAGCUAUGGAAACCAAAUGAGGCAUCAGGGGUUCAGAGUGAACAGAUACCAACAACUGCCACAGAAGAUAAUCAAGAUGUUAAGGAAGUUAAAGGGAAGAAGGUUGUGAUAGCUAGCCCACCCAAAGUGAAGACUAGGAACUCUUUUUAUGUGUUAGAGGAUGUUUCUGUUAAUGAAGUGCAGGUUGGAGAGGUGUUAUUAAAGGAAGAGACCAACUGUGGAAAGAUCUUGUGCAAUUAUCAAAAGUAUAGUGUAGCAGAUUGUGAUUUAGAAGAUAUCAAAUUCAAUGGAAACUUCUUCACUUGGAAUAAUAAACAAGAAGGCAAAGAUCGGGUUUAUGCAAAAUGGGACAGAUUUUUAGCAAAUCAUAAGUGGAUGGACAAAUAUACUACAGCUGAGGACACUUUCUUCCCUGAAGGUGAUUUUGAUCAUUCUCCUGGCCUCCUUUCUAUUUACCCGAAUAUGAAAAAUAGUAAAAAGCCUUCUAGGUACUUUAAUUUUUGGAAGAACUUGGAAGGUUUUGUUGAUACUGUGAAUAAGAAUUGGAAGGUGAAGACAGCUGAUUCAACAAAGCUUGCAGCAAAACCCUGGAAUGCAGAGUUAAUUGAGGCUGAAAUUAGGCCUCGACACUUUUAUGUAGAGUCUCACGGAAAUUAUAUUAGUUACCUUAGUCAAAAAGCCAAGGUAGCUUGGAUAAAAAGUGGAGAUGAUAAUACAAAGGUUUUUCAUGCAAGUCUUAAAAGAAGGAGGCAGCAGAAUACAAUUUACUCCAUCAAAGAUCAAACUGGAAGAUGGAUUGAUGAUCAAGAGGGUGUUAUCAAAGCUUUUUUAGAUUUUUAUAACAUUCUGUUGGGAUCUUGUGUUACUAAUAGAACCAGAGUUCACAAGAGAAUUUUUCAAGAAGGGCCAAUGGUGACUCAAAGACAAGCUGAUUGGUUAUGGCAAGAUUAUACUAAAGAAGAGGUGAAAGAUGCCCUGCACUCAAUUCCUGAUGAUAAAGCACUAGGACCAAAUGGAAGAUUACUUAAAGAGAUAAAUGCUACAAUAGUGACUUUGAUUCCUAAAUUGGUAUGCCCAGAAUCUAUGAGUGAUUAUAGUCCCAUUGCUUGCUGCAAUGUGAUCUAUAAAAUAGCUUCUAAAAUUAUUUGCAAGAGAUUACAGGAAUUUCUUACAGGAAUCAUUUCAGAGAAUCAAAGUGAUUUUGUUAAAGGAAGGCAAAUUGCACAUAAUAUUAUGAUUUGUCAAGACAUGGUUUGGGGAUAUGAUAGAAGUCGUGCAAAAUCAACUUGUUUGUUCAAGAUUGACCUUCAAAAAGCUUAUGAUAUGCUUGACUGGGAAUUUCUUAGAGAGAUGCUUGAAGCUCUAAACUUUCCUCAAAAAUUUGUAAACCUUAUCAUGGAGUGUGUUACCACUCCUCUAUUUUCUUUCUCCAUGAAUGGUGCUCUUCAUGGUUACCUCCAAGCUGAACGAGGUUUAAGACAAGGCGACCCAAUUACCCCCCUUCUAUUUGUUAUAGGAAUGGAGUGUUUGUCAAGGAUCAUGCUCAAGGUGGCUAAGGAGGCUGAGUUUAAAUUUCAUCCGAGAUGCAAGAGUUUAAAGCUCACGCAUCUUUGCUUUGCAUAUGACCUCCUCUUGUUCUCUAAAGGUGAUUACAAAUCUGCCACUCUUUUGCUGCGAGGUUUUAAGCUAUUUUCCAACUCCUCAGGGCUCAAAGCGAAUGUUAGGAAAUCUAUAGUGUAUGGGGCAGAGGAGGGUUUGGGUUUUAAAGAUAUUGCCUUAUGGAAUUUAUGCACCAUGGGCAAGCAUGUUUGGGCUAUCUCUUCUAAGAAGGACAAUUUAUGGGUAAAGUGGGUGAACUCUGUGUAUAUCAAGCAAAGAGAGUGGUGGGACUAUGAACCAUCUCUAGAUGCUACCUGUUGCAUUCUAUUGGCAGAUGGAAUUUUGAUAUGA